CCACAAGUCAAAAAUACGAGUCGAGUCGCUGCUGUCCAAGAUCGCGCUACACGAUAUUAUCUUUUUUAGCCGCAAUUACGUCAAACGUGUCUGUGUUUGGCGGAGUUCACUUUCUCCUUAAGAAGGUCGAAGCUUCGCUUGAUGGGACAGUGAAUGGCGCGGUUUUUCCAAAGUCGAUUAACGUUGGUCUUGACCAAGAAAGUUGUACAACUUUAUUGACGGGUUGAUUGGGUGAAGUCGAACGGGGAAUUCCAACAGAGAGAGGUAGAAGUGUGUUUUUUCAUGAGUUAACGGUACUUUGCUUUUUUCCUUCAACCACGUCCUAACCGGAUCCUGUUAUCAUGACGCCUGACCUCCUAAACUUCAAGAAGGGAUGGAUGUCAAAACUGGACGAUUGUGGCGAGUGGAAGAAGCAUUGGUUUGUUUUGACCGAUGCUGGACUGAAGUACUACAGAGACUCCAGUGCGGAGGAGAAAGAUGACUCGGACGGGGAAAUUGAUCUGAAAUCCUGCAUCAAGGUGUCGGAGUUUGAUGUGGAGAAGAAUUAUGGGUUUCAGAUACAGACACGCGAGGCGAUGUUCACUCUUUCCGCCAUGACAGCGGGAAUCAGGAGGAACUGGAUUGAGGUUUUAAAGAAAUGCAUCAGGCCCAGUACCUCACCAGACAUCACACAACUGCCUGAUAGCAGUAGUGACAAGGAAAACUCCCACUCCCGCCUUCAAGCGCCUUCCCGGCGACCAUCAUCACGGCACGCUGACGUGUCCUUGGAAGUUCCUGCCUCUCCGCGCAGGUUUGACUACGUCGAGCUUUCGCCCGUUUCUGCUUCGUCCAGCCACGUGCAGGCCAGUCAGCGAGAGAUCGGGGAGGGCCACCACAAGGCGCACAGCCAAUGGCAGGAGGACAAAACACGGGACGCCACGAGCGGCCAGUGGGAGGCUGUGCUCUCUCGGAAGGGCACUGGCGGAGGAGUCGAUCAAAAGCUGCGCGUGGAGGAUGAGAUUGAGAAAAAGUGGGCGGAGUUUGAGCGGAUGCCUUUAAAAGAGAAACCAACAGUGGGGUCACGGCCUUCCAGCCAGUCAGCCAAUGAGGCGCUGCAGAGGGAGGUGGCGUCACUGAGGCAACAGCUUGAACAACUACAACAGGGGGGAGGAAGGGGAGGGGGCGGAGGGGUGCCGGGUGGCUGUGGGCCUGACGGUCCGUGCAGCCGCAGUCUGACUGCCAUGGACCAGGCUCAUCGACAAGCGAUGGCGGAGCUGCAGAGGCAGCACGACCGCCAGAUGGCAGAGUUAGAAACCGAGAAAAACAGGCUGCUGCUGGAGGAGAUUCAAGAUACGUCACGAGUAAUGGAGGCGGUCAAGAAGAAACACAAAGAGGAGCUGGAGAGAGAGGUGGAGAAGGUCAACAGACUAAGCAGCGGAUCGCUUGAUCCACAGAGCUUGCGCAUCCAACAACAGGCAGAGAGUCAGGCCUUGCAGAGAGAACUCGGCGGACUGUCGGAGCGCUACUCUCAGAAAUGUCUGGAGCUGAACCGAGCUGAACAGAACAACGCCGAAAGGGAGCGAGAACUCAGUCGAAAGGAGCGAGACCUUGAGCAGCUCAGGAAAGAGAACAAAAGUUUACAGGACCGUUUGGCGGAGGAGCUCAUCCGCAUACGAUGUACCAACUCAGAUCUGGGUUCAAAAGACAACAAAAAAGCAACAUCUUGUGAACUCGAGGUACUUCUCAGGGUAAAAGAAAAAGAGAUUGAGUACUUAUAUAAGGAGAUCAGCUGUCUAAGGAAUGAACUGCAGUUCCUCAACACGGAGAAACGUCUGGCCAGCGAGCGAUACGCGGAGGUCAAUGAGGAGCUGAGUGGGAUGAAAGGGCGCAGCGAGCGGGAGAUCCAGAGUCUAAAGGAGCACUUGAGGCUGGCCAUGGCCGCACUGCAGGAGGGCCAAAGGCUGGGCAACAGCAUGGACCACUGAGAGCCUGCUUAGAGAAAGGUGUGUCUGCUUCAAUGUGACUGAAUGAACACGAGAUACAGAAAAGUAGAGAAAACGGUCAAACUUUGAGAGGGCGGGGCCACGAUCGUGCCUGAAGUUUCAGUCGUUCCGCCAAUCAGCAGCGAGGCCCAGCUGCAAACUGGCUUCAUUACACUGGACUAUGUGUGACAUAAACUGCACUUUGCCAUUCUUCCUGAAACUUCUGCCUCUAGCGAGUGAAAGAAAGCAUGUAUGAGUGUGCAUUUUGUCUUAAAACUGGAAUAUUUGUCAACUGUUAUAUUGCUAAUAGUUUCAGUUAUUUCAUGUUAUUUUCAGCUUUUACUAUGGAUGAACCAAUAUAUCCUUAUGUGUCUGUUUUCGGCUUGAGGCCACCGGCUGACACAGAGCUACUGUCAUCUCAGUUUUUUUUUGUUUUUUUUAAUGCUGUACAGCAUACUGUACUUUUAAAUGAAAGGCUAGUUUUUUGUAUUGUUGUAAACAGGAAACCUGAGCUUGGAUUGUCUUUUAUUUUUGUAAAGAUGCUGGAAAAGAGUUGGGAUUCAUACAAUAGAGCAAAACAAAUUGUCACUCAUGGUAGGCUGAUUAGACAUGAAAGAAAUUGUCUCCAACCAAAUUCAGCCUCAAAUUCCUUUGUUUGGAAAAAUUCAGGAUUGCUUUAUUGCCCCAAAACACCCCAAUUUCUUUUCCUCUGCGUCUUCAUCAUUACUGGCCAAAAAUAAUUGACAGGUGUUGCAUUAAUGAGCCAAGUUGUUGACAAAGAUGGGACUCAAAUAUGUUUUGAUGAAAUGACUCACCUACCUUUUAGAAAAAAAAUAUAUUUAAUAUACUGUAUUUACGGUAUUUUGUAAAUUAUCCACUUUUUCCAAUCAAUAAAACGAGAAGCUCA